CGAGGGGCUGGCGUGGCCGCGGACACGAGGGGCCGCUGCACCAUGCCCGGCCUGGGCGCCGCGCGGCUCUGCCUGCUGGCCCUGGCGCUGCCCGGCUGGACGGCGGGAAGAAGUGGGGAAAGUAGCACUCCACACCAGCACGAGCUCGUCAUACCUCAGUGGAAGUCUGUACGGCCAGAAAGCCCCAGGAGAGAAAAGCAUCCACACCGCGCUGAGCUCAGGGUCAUGGCUGAGGGCCGGGAGCUGAUUCUUGAUCUAGAGAAAAAUAAGCAGCUCUUCGCCCCCACCUACAUGGAAACGCACUACUCUGCCCCUGGCCGCUUCGUCCGCAGCACGCUGAAAUCCGAGAAUCAUUGCUUCUACCAUGGUACGGUGAAGAACGUAGCUGGGUCCAGUGUCGCACUCAGCACCUGCCAGGGGAUGAGGGGGUUGAUCACAUUGAAAGGAAACCUCAGCUACGUCCUGGAGCCAGUGCCUGGCCUCCAGACCCAGCACCGCCUUUACAGACUGGACCACUUAUCGAUGCCCAAGGGCUCCUGCGGGCUCACGCUCUCCCCACCCAGCACCUUGCACUGGCUCCUUCCCAUCAACCACACCAGGCCCCGACCUCCACCUCACAGGGUGAAGAGGGAUGACCUGCAUACCACGAAGUUCGUGGAGCUGUACCUCGUGGCCGACUACCUAGAGUUUCAGAAGAACCAUUACAAUUUAGAAGCCACCAAGCUCAGGCUCAUGGAAAUCGCCAAUUACGCUGAUAAGUUCUACCGGCCCCUGAACAUCCGCAUUGCCCUGGUGGGCGUGGAAGUGUGGACACAUGGGGACCAGUGUAAGGUGUCUGCGAAUCCCUACUCCACCCUUUCGUCCUUCCUCAGCUGGCGGCACAAGCUGCUGACCGGGAUAAAACACGACAAUGCGCAGCUGAUCACGGGUGUGGCCUUCCAGGGCAUCACCAUUGGCCUGGCUCCACUCAUGUCCAUGUGCUCCAUGUACCAGUCCGGGGGUGUCAGCAUGGACCACUCCGAGAACGUCUUAGGUGUGGCAGCCACCAUGGCCCAUGAGCUGGGCCACAACUUCGGCAUGAGCCACGAUUCUCCGAACUGCUGCCAGGCCAGUGCAGAGGAAGGGGGCUGCAUCAUGGCAGCUGCCACUGGUGACCCCUUCCCCAAAGUGUUCAACAACUGCAACCGGAAGGAUCUGGAGCGCUACCUGAAGACUGGCGGGGGCAUGUGCCUGUCCAACAUACCAGACACCAGUCGGAUAUACGGUGGCCGCAGGUGUGGGAAUGGCUACCUGGAGGAGGGAGAAGACUGUGAUUGCGGUGAGGAGGAGGAGUGUGACAACCCCUGCUGUAAUGCCCGUAACUGCACCCUGAAGUCAGGGGCUCAGUGUGCCCACGGUGCCUGCUGCUACCAAUGCAAGCUGCUGGCUCCUGGCACUCUUUGCCGCAAGCAGAUGCGCCAGUGUGACCUCCCAGAGUUCUGCACGGGCACGUCCUCCCACUGUCCCACUAACUUGUACAAGAUAGACGGCACAUCGUGUGAAAGGGGCCAGGCCUACUGCUACAACGGCAUCUGCCUUACAUACCAGGAUCAGUGCCAACAGCUGUGGGGGAACAAUGCCUGGCCUGCACCAGAUGUCUGUUUUGAGCAGGUGAAUGUGGCUGGAAACAAAUAUGGAAACUGCGGGAAGGACAUAACUGGGGCACACAGGAAGUGUAGCAUUCGAGACGCCAAGUGUGGCAAGAUCCAAUGCCAGAGCCCCAACCAGCAGCCCCUGGAGUCCAGCAUUGUGUCCGUCAACACCAAUGUCUACAUAGAUGGGAGGCAUAUCCUGUGCAGGGGAACCUUCCAUUACGCAGACCAACCGGGGCAAGACGGGGACAUUCUGGAUCCAGGACUGGUGAUGACAGGAACCAAGUGUGGCCACGACCAUAUCUGCUUCGAGGGCCAGUGCAGAAACAUCUCCUUCCUCCAUGUGGAAGACUGCCAGAAGCAGUGUCAUGGCCACGGGGUGUGCAACAAUAAUGGCAACUGUCACUGCGAUUUUGGCUGGGCCCCGCCCUUCUGUGAAACCCCAGGCUUUGGGGGCAGCACGGACAGCGGACCCCUGCCUGCAAAAAGUACCAGGGCAGUGGUGGCCGGGGUGUGCACUGCCAUCUUCCUGCUGGCCGCCCUGCUGCUGCUUUACCGCUACCGCUACCGCUGCCGAAACCCCAAGCUGGACCACCUGGCACCCUGGGCACUCCCUGCCACACUGCGGCAGCACUUCCGCUGCCCUUUCAGGAUGUCUCAGAAUGGCUCGGGUCAUGCCAACCCCACUUUCAAGCUUCAGACACCCCAAGGCAAGAGGAAGGUGACCAGCACCCCUGAGAUCCUGCAUAAGCCCACCCAGCCUCCCCCCAAACCCCCUCCAGAUUACCUGCACAGCGGACCCCCCCUGCCCCCACCUCCUCUUCCCCUCAGCAGGCCAACUAGGGCAACUUCUGGGCCUGGGGUCCACAUAGAUAGGAAGGAGUCAGCCCGGGUGCCUCCCCCAAGCCGACCUGUGCCUCCCGCCCCACACUGCCUCCUUGCCCAGGAUUUCUCCAGACCUCGGCCGCCCCAAAAGGCACUGCCUGCCAACCCCGUGCCUGGUCGCAAGAACCAGCCCCGCCCUGGUGGUCUCACUGUCCCUUGGCCUCCAGUCGCUGCUCCUCAGCAGUCCCGACCUCAGGCUGCCCCAGUGCCAAAGCUUCCUGGGUACAGAUCACAGAGAUUCAACGGCAUGACUAGCUCAAAGAUCUAGACCUGUCAUUGGGACUGCGUCCACCACAGAUGAGCAUGCGGGUGCUCCCCCUGCCUCCCAUCCUCCCCGCUCUAGGUGUCCCCUUGAGUUACCACUAAGGCCCCCCCCACACAGUGGCUGGGGGGAGUGUCACCUGUGCAAUAACAGGCAGGGAAAGAGGCAGCUUCUCCUGCCAGCCCCUUCCCCUCUGGUCCCUCACCCCCAGAGCUGGCAAAGGUGGCCCUGCUCUGUGUGUGUGUGUGUGUGUGUGUGUGUGUGUGUGUGUGUGUACACGAGUGACAGGAGAACAAGGGACUGCCACGCCAUGCCUGCUCCACAUCCGAGCUGAGACCCCACUGUGUGGCCACAGGUGGACAUGUACGUUCCUCCCCCAUCUUCCCUGAGUUAGUGACUCAUGCAGGUACUAUUGAUAGUGUAGACAGCAGCGGGGGGCAUAGGCGUCCCCCCACAGUGAUGCCAAAGCGUGUACCUCCCUGGCUGCCUCCACCCUACCCUAGCCCUGCUCGCUCAGUUUCCUCGCUGGACCCCAGAUCCCUGCUCGCCCUGUCCUCCUACCUCUAUCCCUUCCAGACCCGCCCAACAUGUGGUGCUAUAGAGAGUGAUCUGGGCAGCCUCUAGAGGGCCUACCUGGUGCUUGGGGCCUCCACUCAGCACUGGCUCCCGUUUUCCACCUUGCUUCUCCCAAGAGGUGGCCACGGGGUCAUAACUUGUUGUAAUUUCUGACCUCGGCGGGGCCUGGG